AUGCCUACCAAACGGUUCUUGGGCCUCAAUGGCAUCAAGCUUCAAAUUGCCAUCGGCGUUCUGGCCGGUAUGGAUUUCUUGCUGUUCGGUUACGAUCAGGGUGUCACCGGUGGUCUGCUCACCCUCAAGUCCUUCAACAAAUACUUCCCGAGUAUCGACACCACCACCAAUGACUCUAGUGCCCAAUCCACUCGUCAGGGUAUCACCGUCGCCGCGUACAACCUGGGAUGUUUCGCCGGUUCCAUCCCCACUAUCUGGCUCGGUAACAUGCUGGGUCGCCGCAAGGCCAUCUUCAUCGGCUCCUUCAUCAUGUGUAUCGGUGCUAUCCUGCAAUGUUCCUCGUAUGAGCUCGCACAGCUCGUCGUCGGUCGUCUGGUGACUGGUUUCGGAAACGGCAUCAACACUUCUACCGUUCCUACGUGGCAAUCCGAGUGCUGCAAGUCUCAUCGCCGUGGUCAAAUGGUCAUGAUCGAGGGUGCUAUGAUUACCUGCGGUAUCACGAUCAGUUACUGGAUUGACUUCGGUCUCAUGUUUGCCGAUCCCAACGAAGUCGCCUGGCGAUUCCCGCUGGCCUUCCAGAUCUUCUUCGCUUUGAUCAUCUUGGGCGCAGUCAUGUUCCUUCCCGAGUCCCCCCGCUGGCUCAUCUUGAAGGGUCGCGAAGAGGAGGCCCGUGAAGUUCUGACCUGUCUGAUGGGUGAUGACACCGACGAGCUCUUCAUCGAUACCGAGUUCACCGCUAUCAAGGCUACCGUACUCGAGAUGGCCAAGGGUUCAUUCCGCGACAUGUUCACCAUGGGCGAGGACCGCCAUUUCCACCGUACUAUGCUCGCCUACAUCAACCAGAUGUUCCAGCAGAUCUCCGGUAUCAACCUGAUCACCUAUUACAUUCCCACUCUGCUCGAGAAGCAGGUCGGCAUGAGCGGUACCAUGUCUCGUCUGAUUGCUGCCCUCAACGGCACCGAGUACUUUAUUGCUUCUUGGGUGGCCGUGUUCACUGUUGAGAAGUUCGGUCGUCGCACUCUGAUGAUCUUCGGCGCUGUUGGCAUGUCGCUCUCCAUGGUCAUCCUGGCCAUCACCGACAAUAUCUCUGCUGCCCACAAAGGGACAUCGAAGGGGACCCAGGCUGGUAUUGCCCAGGCGGUGUUCCUCUUUGUUUUCAACUCAUUCUUCGCCGUCGGCUGGCUCGGCAUGACCUGGCUGUAUCCUGCCGAGAUCGUGCCCCUGAAGAUUCGUGCUCCGGCCAACGCCCUCUCAACCUCGUCCAACUGGAUCUGGAACUUCAUGGUCGUCAUGAUCACCCCCAUCGCCUUUGCCAACAUCGGCUAUCAAACCUAUAUCAUCUUCGCUGUGAUUAACGCCGCCAUCGUCCCGGUCGUCUACUUCUUCUUCCCCGAGACCACCUGCCGCUCUCUGGAAGAAAUGGACCGCAUUUUCCACAAGACCACCAACGUCUUCAACUGCGUCUCUCUCGCCCGUGACGAGCCGCACAUGUACGGUUCCAACGGCGAGCUCCUCCGUACUCUGGAUGAUAUCGAGGACGAUGCCGUUCGCCGCGUCGGCGUUCUCAGCAACCCCGCCAAGAACGCUGCCCGCAACCACCAGCACGUUGAGCACAACGAGAAGGCUAGUGAUAGUAACUCCAAUGAGGAGAUAUAA